AUGGCUGCCUCCAGUUGUGAAAGUAGUCUAGCCCCUGUUGAUUUCUUGUUACCAACAUCAUUUGAAAGUUCUGAUGGUCUGACCGUUGCCGUUGAACGCUGUCCGCUCUGUACAACAUCUAGAAGACCAUUUUACUGCGCAAGUUGCGUCAACAAAGGCAGUUUCGCGUAUUCAUCGUCGAAUAUCAAAGAGAGUUUCCAUGCAAGACAAGAUAAGUGGCAGGCAAAGACGAAGGAAUGCAGCGAACUCCAAGAAAGAAUUAAGUUAAGUGUUGCCAAGAAACAUCAAAGGGACUCGAAGAGAUCGGAAAUCGAGGAAUGCAAGAGGAAAAUCGAACUGCUGAAAUCUUCCAUCGAGCUGUUAAAAAAGAAAACUGAAGACGAUCAAAAAGUGUUAGAGAGACGGAAGGUGAAGAAUGGGAAGGGGGAGAAGGACUGUCUGCGUCACCAGGACAAGAUGACAAGGCUGAGGAGGUAUGUGGAUGCGGCACAGAGCGCCAUGGAGAAAAAACAUGUCAGUCUCACCACUGACGUGAGGAACUUGAAGAACUACCGCAGAUUCCAUGUGGACAUUUUGGUGCAGUGUAUCUUCUCUGUCAAGGAAAUCCAGCCUCGGAGUGAGACGGAGAGCCUGGCUAUGAGCACUGUGAGUGCCUUGAAGGAGGCAUGCCAGACCACAUUUGUCAGGGGGCAUUGGGUGUACACAGACAAUGGCGGAGACACCGGACACAGGAUCGUGGAACCCUCCCUGCCAGGAAAUGGGGACUACUCAGCCUACAAUGUGUGGGUGUCCGAGAACAAAGAGAAUGGUGCGGCUCCGGAGAAGGAGGCAGGACAUCGCAAUCCUGGACACACAAUAAGUGCCGCGCUCUGUUACACUACACAGCUGGUGUCCGUCAUAGCCCACAUCCUGGAUGUGUGUCUCCCCCGGAGACUGUGCUACAGUGAGUUCUGUCUGUCCGAUCUCUCCGAGAGGCAGCUCACCAGUGCUGUAGCUCGACUCAAUCACAAUGUCCUUCACCUCUGUUUCUCUCAGAACGUCAACCCAGCUGUUCUUAUACCCAGGCACACACUCCAUAAUGUCGUCAUGCUGUUGCGAUGUCCAGAUUUCGGCAGAAUCUGUGCAUUUGAAGUAAAUGAGAGCAUGAUUCAGUCAAUAUCUGACAGCAAUACUUCCGAGGAGAGUGACGAGGAGCAUUUUAUAUCAGAGGAUGAGGUAGACAUUGGUAUAGAUUGGGAACGUGUGCCCCACGACCUCGAGGUCCCAACCCGAGCUGGUCUUGGGACGACUUCAACUGUGUAUACAAUGGCAUAUUCGGGUCAGAUGAACACAAACACAACACACUCAACCGCUGGGAGUUUGAUGUCUUCGGCUGCGGCCUCAGUAGCAUCAAUAUGGAGAGCUGCUACCAGCCAGUUUGAGCGUAGAUGACACUAAUCGGAUGAUAAUACAUGCAUUUAAUUUCUGUAACAACCUACUGGUGGGAAAAACUUGUGAAGGGCUAUCAUUGACAGUAUCAUCAGAAGCUUACUUUUAAACUGAUCCUGUUACACGUUACAGACUUCCUCGUCCCCCAUGGGGAUUCCACCAUUAGAAUUAGUUCCCAGCAGCCUGUGCUGGUUGUGAGAAGUGGGUGGUCAGUGAGUGAGUGAGUGAGUUGGGUUUAAUGCCGCUUUUAACAGAAUUCCAGUUAUAUCACGGCGUGUCAGCUUAAUGUGGGAGGAAAG